AUUUUGAUGACAAGUUUAUUUUUAUAAAACCUUAGAUAGUUGUAAUCGAAGAAUGUUUGUAGUAGUUUGGGUAAAAAGUUACAUUCUAAUUCACUGAUAACGAAUAUUGGAUGAGAGUAUCAUCAGUUUUUAUCAUUUAUUAAAGACACAAAACAGAUGUUAUGCAGAACUAUUAUGGCACUGUUUAUGUAAAUUUGUGGUGAAUUAGGGUGAAAUAUUUCUUCAGAUCACUUGUUAGCAGCUUAUGUUUACUUCAUUGUCUGACCUGUUUUCAAGAUAAAUUCACAACCUUAGGGAAAAUUUCCCCCCAAAAAUGCAUUUUCUUCACAAAUUGUGAAGCGUAAAUAUAGCAGUAGAAAUAUUUUUUUGUUAUUCACUAUUAAAACACAAAGCAGAACAGCAUCCAUAUAUUAUUGCGUAAUAUAAAAAAUUAUGGAGAAAGAAAUAUGUGAGAACCAGCAAAAAUGCAAAUCACAAUCAAAAGUGAUUGAUUUUCCUAAUGAGGAUUUGAAACUGAAAGGGACAUCAUACAACUGUGAUACUAGUAAAGAUUCAUCCACUACAAAAAGUAACCUAGCUAUUCAAAAACGUGCUAAUAGAGAGAAAUACUAUCACUGUGAUAUCUGUGGUAAGUUAUUCUCUCGAAAAGAUGAUGUUGUUAUUCACAAACGUAUUCAUACAGGAGAGAAACCUUAUCACUGUGAGAUUUGUGGUAAAUCAUUCUCUGUAAAUAGUACCUUAACUAAACAUAAACGCGUCCAUACAGGAGAGAAGCCAUAUCAUUGUGAUGUUUGUGGGUAUUCAUGCUCAGAAAAAGGUGCUUUGACUCAACAUGGACGGGUUCACACUGGUGUGAAACCAUACCAUUGUGAUGUCUGUAACAAAUCAUUUGCUCAAAGAAGUAGUUUAACUAAACACAAAGUUAUUCAUACAGGAGAGAAGCCUUAUCGCUGUAAUAUCUGUGGAAAGUCAUUCUCUUCAAACUUGACCAUUCAUAAACGUGUUCAUACAGGUGAAAAGCCAUAUCACUGUGAUGUGUGUGAUAAAUCAUUUGCUCAGUCUAAUGAUUUAACUAAACACAAACGUAUUCAUACAGGAGAGAGACCAUAUCAGUGUGAUAUUUGUGGUAAAUCUUUCUCUGCAUGUACUCAGUUAAUUAUUCAUAAACGUGUUCAUACAGGAAGGAAACCAUAUCGUUGUGAUAUUUGUGGUAAAUCUUUCUCUCAAGGCAGUUACUUAAUUCCUCAUAAACGUAUUCAUACAGGUGAGAAGCCAUAUUGCUGUACUAUCUGUGGCAAAUCAUUCUCUCAUGAAUCGUCUUUUACAAGUCACCAACGUAUUCAUACAGGACAGAAGCCCUACAACUGUGAUAUCUGUGAUAAAUCAUUCUCACGAAAUGAUUACUUAACUAACCACAAACGCAUUCAUACAGGAGAGAAACCUUAUCAUUGUGAUAUUUGUGGUAAAUCUUUCUCUCUAUAUUGUCACAUAAGGAUUCAUAAACGCAUUCAUACAGGAGAAAAGCCCUAUCGUUGUAAUAUCUGUGGUAAAUCAUUCCCACAGACAUGUGGAUUAACUACUCAUAAACGAAUUCAUACAGGAGAAAAACCAUAUCAAUGUGAUAUUUGUGGUAAAUCAUUCACUGUAAAUAGUACCUUAACAAAACACAAUCGUAUACAUACAGGAAUAAAACCCUAUCACUGUGAUAUCUGUGGUAAAUCAUUCCUGCAUGCACAAGCCUUAACUAAACACAAACUCAUACAUACAGGAGAGAAGCCAUAUCGCUGUAAUAUCUGUGGUAAAUUCUUCUCUGAAGGAGGUGCUUUAACUAAACAUAAACGCAUUCACACAGGAGAAAAGCCUUUUCACUGUGAUAUCUGUGGUAAAUACUUCUCUGAUAGCAGUAGCUUAACUAAACAUAAACGUUUACAUACAGGAGAAAAGCCAUAUCACUGUGAUAUCUGUGGUAAAUCAUUCUCUGAAAGUGGUAAAUUAACUAAACAUAAACGUGUACAUACAGGAGAGAAGCCUUAUCAGUGUAAUAUCUGUGGAAAAGCUUAUUCUAAAAAAUGUUCUUUGGUUAAACACAAAUGCAAUCCUACAAAAGGCUAAAAUUAUUCAUGUCAAAAGUCAGUAAAUGUAUUCACUGAAGGAACAAGAUGUAUGGAAUAGUAACGUCUGAACAGUAUAUAUAGUACUCAAAUGUGUCUUGGUGAAAUGUCUUACAACUGUAAUAUUUUCAAUAAAAGCAUUAUUUCUGUGGA